AUUAGAACAGUCUUUCGAGCGCUCUGCUAUCUAUUUGUCGUCCUACGUCGCUGUGACGUUUUUCUUCGGCAAAAUCGCGCGGCGCGUGUUAAGUAGUCCUGCCAGACUAAUGUGGCUCCCCAGAAAUUUGUCUCGGAUACAAAUAAGGAAGGAAUAAACCAAAACAACACAAAUCGUCUGGACAAGCAAGGGCUUCUGUGCUUCAAAAAUGGGUGACGACGCAGACACCCCUCUUGAGAGGGAAAUGAAGGAUUUUCAGUUUCGUCAGAUGAAGAAAGCGAGGGUCUUUGACCCUGCUGAAGAUCUGCCAAAAGAAAGAAGUAGUCUGCUUACCAUCUCAAACAAAUUUGGUUUAACCUUUGUCGGGCUCGACAGAACAUUCAAAGUUUACCUAACUAAAGACAUUCUGGCUGCUGAUAGAUUUGACGGCAAUGCCAAUGAAAUAGUUGACGGUAUAGCAGCAUUGGCAGAGGUGAAUGUGGAACCGGCCUUGCACCACUUGGCUCUCAGUUGUGAUGAGCUUACUUUGUCAGUAUGUGGCAUGUCUGAGGAGGGGCGUUUGUCCCUCACAUUUUAUGAUGUCCGCACCUUCAUGAAUCAGGCAAGACCACAGAAGCUGCCUUUUGCCUCGCUACUGCCGGCAGUACCACCUGGCACUUUAGUGCAAGACCUUAAGUGGAAUCCUGUGCAGGCAUCCAUGCUGGCCGCCUGUCUGUCUGACGGCAGCAUGAUGAUUUUGGAUGUUACAGACAGUGUCAAAGUGCAGACUACGCUACCAGAUUCAAGUGGUAUCACAUGCCUUUGCUGGAGUCCAAAAGGAAAACAAGUUGCUGCAGGGAAAAUGAAUUCCACAGUCUGUCAGUAUACACCAGCACUAGAAGAGAAAAAAGUUAUCCCAUGUCCAAAUUUCUACACCUCUGAUGAACCUGUCAAAGUUCUGGAUGUGCAGUGGCUGAGAACUUUUGUGUUUGCAGUGGUUUAUGCUGCGGCAGAUGGGUCCCUUGAGACCCCUCCUGAGCUAGUGUUGAUCUCCCUUCCUAAGAAGGAUGAGAGAAUAGAGACAAAGUAUUUGAACUUUAGUGACACGGUGUACGGCAGCUGCACUGAGAGACAACAUCACUACUUUCUCAGCCAUGUGGAGGACUGGGACCUUGUGUUCGCGGCAUCAGCAGCUUCCAUUGAAGUCAGCGUCAUAGCUGCCAGACCAGAGGACAAGAGCUGGGAGCUUUGGAUCCUGGAAGAUGCGAGUCGAGCUGAGCUUCCAGUGACUGAGACGAAUGAAGACACUCUGCCCCUUGGCUUAGCCAUAGACUACACCAGCCAGCAGGAGAUCCACAUCACUGAUGAGAAGACCUUGCCCCCACAACCCACUAUGCUGAUGCUAUCCACGGAGGGAUUACUCUGCCCAUUUGCUCUGCUCAACCUCAAUGAAGGAGUUAAGCAACUGAUUUCAGCCCCCGCUGUCCUCGCCUUGGAAGGGGAGAGGCUGCCAAAGCCAGGUUCUUUGGCAGCCCAACCACCCAAAAUCGCUGCCUCCAUCCCAUCUGCCCCAGCAACAUUCCCAAACCUUGGUCUUACUUCAGCAGCUGCUUCCACUCCUCCAGCCCCGGCUGCAUCUUCUUCCGCUGCCCUAUUCAGCAUUGUUCCCACAGCUCCUGUGCCGACAUCAUCAUCAGGCUUCAUGUUCUCGGUCCCGACUACAUGCUCAACAGCCUCCUCAAGCUUCUCCUUUGCCUCAAAACCUCCCUCUGAAACCCCCUCAGCGCCCUCUGCGUUUUCUUUCACCCCUUCUAUCAAACCAACAAUGGCACCUCCAGUUCCAGCGCCAACACCCCAGAGCAUUGCAGCUGCCUCCCCACCGACAGUGAAACUUAAUCUAAAUGAGAGGUUUUCAGCACUGGAGACCCCAGCACCAUCCCCACAUUCCUUCACCUUCAAUUCCUCACUGCCCAAAACAGUUGCCCCCAUAUCGAGCAGUUUGACCGCCCCUUCACUCGCAGCCACUAAGCCACCAGCUGUAUUAACCCCAGUGCGUCCGGUUCAAACCAGCACACCAGCCACAGUCGUCCAGAAACCUGCUCCAGCUGCACAGGGCCGUGUCCAAACUCCGCAGGCAGCUGUUAGUGUGAAGGCCCUGGAGAAACAGCCACAGCAGAAGAAAGACUCUGAUCCAAUCAUGGCUGGAAUACAGGAGGAGAUUGCACACUUCCAGAAGGAGUUGGAUGACCUUAAAACAAGAAGCGCAAGAGCUGACUUCAAGGUUGGCACCAAUGAUGAGAUGAAGGAGUUAAGAAAGGAGUCGGAGGACCUCCACAUUUUCACCCUGGAGAUCAAGGAAACUACAGAGUCUCUUCACGGAGACAUUGGUACACUGAAGACAACUUUACUGGAGGGCUUCGCUGGGGCAGAAGAAGCCAAGGCCCAGAGUGAGCUCAGCAGAGACAGAAAUUACAGACAGCUGCUGUAUAAAAAACCUCUGGACCCCCGCAGCGAGGAACACCUCAAGGAGAUCCGCAGGCUGUACCAGUACGUUAUGUUUGCGGUGGAAGAUGUCAAUGACGUGCUGGAUGUUGAAUGGGAGAAACACCUGGAGAAGAAGAAAAAGCAGAAACACAUGGUCGUGCCAGGGCGUGAAGGACUGUUUACUACACUGGCCAACAACCUGUACAUUAUCAACCAGCAGAAGAACAGAUUGGACCAGUUGAUUAAGCAACUCACUUCACUGCGCCUCUACAACAAGACUACCACUCCAACUAUACACAGCAGUACUGCGACAGCAACAAACUCUGGUUUGGAAACUGAGCUUGAGAGUUUAAGAGAUGCACUCCUGAAAACCAGGCUCGACAAAACCCCUCCUAAGCCUAAAUCCAAAUCUCCAGAAGUCAAGAUAUCACCAGUGAAGCAGUCCCAGCUGCGUAACUUCCUCUCAAAAGGAAAGAUGCCUCCUGUCCGCUCAACCGCACCAGCCAACCUGUCUCGCUCAGCCUUCCUUUCACCCAAAUACUACGAGGACUUGGAUGAUGUGAGCUCUGCGUCCUCCCUGUCCCAGUCGCUGGAGCCUCACCCAGCAGAUUUGGAGCAGGAGGAGGAGGAGGAACUUCAGACAGAGAUCCUUCCCCUUCCCGUCAUGCCUGCAGCAUUGUCCACCCCUCGCCACCCCACAGUCGUGAGGACCCCCUCCAUUCAGCCAGGCUUCGGGGCCAUCCAGUCCACCCCUUUAACAAAAAUUCAUUCAGUACAGGGUAUGGGCUUUGGACUCAGCCCAAUUGCCAGCCCUGUUCCAACCAACAAGAUCAACCUCAGUGGGGCUGAAAGCACUGCUCUUGCCACAAAGACAGUAAAACAUGGAGCCCCACCAAUUGAGAGGACAGUCCCCGUCACUAUCCCUGCCCAGCAGGCUGCAGCUACUGCUGCUCUACGCAGGCAGAUGGCCAAUCAGAAGACAGCUGUCGUCAGCACUUCCUUGACAGAGUCCACUUUGAAGACUGUUCCUCAGGUGGUCAAUGUCCAGGAGCUUAAGGAAAAAGGUCCUCCUAUGCCGGUUUCCAAUAUCAUCAGCUCAUCAAUACAAGAUCCAGGAGCUCCAGCUUUUGUAGCAGUUUCUUCCAACCAGGCAAAACGAAAUCCUACCCAGGGUAUCCAGAAGAUGGCCGCUGAAAGUACAACCACCCCACAGACAGGCUUCAUGUUUGGUCAGUCAGCUAAAACAGAUGUUUCAGUGGCUCCUGCUAGCUCAACAGAGCAAAGCUCCAGCAAAGGUUUCUCCUUCGCAUCAGGGUCCACAGGCUUCAGUUUUGCUUCAGUUUCACAGGGAACUGGAAUGCCACCAGUGAAGGAUGUGAGUAAAUUCUCCUUUGGAAAUGGCAAGAUGAUGUUUGGCCAGACUGGAGAGGAGUCAUUCUCCCUCACCCCAAAGUCCACCUCCCCAGCUCUUGGCACUGCAUCUCCCACCCUGCCUCCAUACCCGUCAGGAGAAAAACCCACCUCUACCACAAUCGCCCCCAGGAUCGAGCCACAGCCCCUGAGGACAAUUGGAGGAGAAACUCUGGGCUGUUUCUCUGGACUACGUGUAGGCCAUGGAGAUGAAGCAAAAGAUUUAGCCACAAAACCUGCUGCUGGCUCUUUCACCUUUGGGGAAACUGGACUUGGUAUGACCAAGGGAGCAGCACAGUUUAGCUUUGGUGCAGGUUUCCAAAAGUCUGCAGAAGAAUCUACAGGAGUAGACUUGUCCAAGGGGGUAGCAUCAGGCAGUUUGUUCAAGCCACCUGAACCGACCCCCAAACCGGCCUUCUCUGUUCCCCAGUCUAGCUUAACUGCCUCAGCUUCACCUACGUCUUUUAGCAGUCUUCUUGCAGCUCCUGCAGACUCCACAGUGGAACCAAAAGUUUCCCCACAACCCUCAGAACCCACCCCACCCCCUGAAAAAGAACCUGCUACUGCACCAGCUGCGGAUAGCACCAGUCCUCUUGUGAUAGCUGAGCCUGCAGCGGAUGCAGCCAUCACAGAAACUGUGGCAGCAGCCACAGUUUCAGCACCAACACCUGCACCUCCUUUGGCUGCCCUUACCCGAGAACCUCCCCCCUACUUCUCUGCACCACCUGAAGCAAUCCCUCCAACAGCAGCCAGUGCAGCUCCCACAGCAGUAGCCACACCAGACAGCACCACCACCGCUCCUGUGCCCGCUUCAGCUGCUGCCACCCCUGCUGCAGCACCUGUCUCGCAGGUUGCUCCAACAGGUUUCCAGGUACCCAGUUCUGACAAACCAGGUUCCAUUUUUACUCAACCUCCCCCUGCAAUAACAGACAGCAGCUCCAUUGGAGUUACACCAGUUAUCAUCACAGUUGCUGCUGCAGCCACCACUCCCACCCCUACGAUUGUCAGCAGCACAACAACAACUACUGCUGCCAGCACUGUGUUUGGGCAACCUGCUGAACCUCCAGCUACCGCCGCCCCCUCGGCCCCCACAGCUCCCACAGCUCCCACAGCCUCCUCAGGUCCUGCAGCCCCAGCAGCCCCAGCAGCCCCAGCAGCCCCAGCAGCUCCAGCAGCUCCUGCAGCCCCAGCAGCCACAGGAUUUAGCUCAACUGCAUUUGGUGCACCAACUGGAGCUGGUUUUGGCAAACCUGUGUUCGGCCAGGUGGGUGGCUUUGGCCAGCCUGCCAGCAAUACUGAAACAUCUGGUGGCUUUUCUUUUGGCCAGUCACCAUUUGGAGCGAGCUCCAACAGUGCAACUACUGGCGGAGGACUUUUUGGUGCUGCUACUGCUACCAAUGCCAGUUCCUUCUCCUUUGGCACAAGCAGUGCCAACACAGCCAGCAGCACUGGCUCAGGGAUGUUUGGACAAACCACAGCACCAGCAUUUGGCCAGAGCUCUGGAUUUGGGCAAGCGCCUGUGUUUGGGAGCAACACCACCACUUCCUCAUCUACAGGAUUCAGCUUUGGACAGCCCUCAGGUUUUGGCUGCUCUUCCUCAGCCCCUGUGUUUGGCCAACAAGGUAGCAGCGGGAGUGUAUUUGGACAGCAGCAGCCAUCAUCUGGUGGCACUUUGUUUGGCUCAAACCCAGCCAACACAGCAGGUUCUGCUGGUGCUGGAGGGUUCUUCAGUGGCUUGGGAGGCAAACCGAGCGAAGAUGCUGCCAACAAGAACCCAUUCGGUGCCAGUGCUUCCACUGGAGGGUUUGGACAGCCUGCUCAAACAGGUGCCACCAGUCUGUUUGGAAAUAGCGGUGCCAAGACCUUUGGUUUUGGGCAGUCCUCCUUUGGUGAGCAGAAACCUAGUGGGACCUUCAGCACUGGUGCAGGGAGUGUCGCAGCCCAGGGAUUUGGCUCCUUCACUAGUCCGACAAAAGCAGGUGGUUUUGGCAGUCCUCCAGUAUUUGGGAGUCCCCCUUCCUUUGGUAGUUCCCAAGCAUUUGGUGCUGGAGCAACAUUUGGCCAAGCACCCUCCUUCUCCAGUAACAUGGGUUCUUCAGCUGGUAAAGUGUUUGGAGAGGGAACAGCGGCUUCCAACAUGGGAGGAUUUGGGUUUGCCUCACCUCCCAGCGCCCCGUCCUUCGGUGCUCUAGCCAAUCAGAGUGCUCCGUCAUUCGGGGGCCUGGCCCAGCAGGGCCCUGGGUUUGGAAGUCAGCCCAGCGGCUUCUCAGGCUUUGGACAACAGCCACAAGCGGGAGGGUUCCCUGCAAACACCUUUGGGUCUGGAAACCAAUCAGCCUCUCAAACAUUUGCCAGUUGGAGAAGCUAGUUUUAUUAAAGCUCCACGUCACUGCUACAGUACUUUCUGCAAUCAAGCUCUUUGUGCCACAUAAUGGGUGAAGUAAAGGGGCGAAGAUGGUGUUGCACUUUGGUUAAAUCCAGUAAAGUAGAAGAUAAAUAUUGAGAUAUUUUGUUUUGUAGAAUAUAUAUGUAGUAUAUUUUAAAAAAAGUUUUCAAGCAGCUGGCAAAGUGCAGUUCAUUCUCUACAUGUAUUCAUUUAUUCAUCUUGGAAGUUUCUGUCUGACCUUAGUAUUUUCUUAGGACACAGGAGAAACAAGUAGAAGAUGGGUUAGUGAAGUACCUAGUUGAUCGGACCAGUUUUUUUGGAAAACUGGGAAUAAUCUUUUUGUAAAAAGGUUCACAGCCUUCUUCAGAAAAUGUAGUACAUUGUUGCCGUUUUCAGAAUUUUUUGUUUGAUUUUUGGCUUCUGGGUUCAUUUUUAAGUUUUUAUUUCUGCACAUUUUAACAUGGGAAAUGCACAAAAAACAUUAAGCUUCUCAACAGUUCACUGUUUCAUUGAAUUCUGUGAAAUUGUUUUCUCAGUAUGGCGAUUAGAAAUAAAUAAAUAAAUACAUGUGCACAAACAGAAUUUACCAAGACUAAUUAAACCCAACAGUUUGAACUGUCAUAAAGACAACUGUGGUCUUAGGUGAAUAAAAAGUUAUAUAUUCCUUUUUCCAAAGAUUUUUAGCAGUACAUCCCAGCUUGAUGUAUAUUUUUAUUUGAAAAAGUGGAAAUAAAUGAAAUCUCUCAAAUGAUUUGUCUGUUUAAAAUAGUAUUUUUAAUGCAGCCAUGUUAUUAGCUCAUAGAAUAUCUUUAUUUGUCUUAGUGAUCAUGAACAAAAGCAAAUGUUAUUCACUAAUAUAGUGCUUCUUUGAAUCUUGAAAUCAAAUUUAAGAAGCUUAAAGCAUUAAAAAUUAUUAAAAGCAUUCAGCAUGCUCCUUAGAUAACUGACAAAGUAUAAAUCUAAUACUUCUGGGGUUUUUGAAAAACAUUUUGUUGAAUUAAUGUUUUGCAAAAUCUUUACUGAAACAUCUUGACACAGCAUUUCACCACAUCACAGUUAAGUAGCCGGGUGUCACUGUGCUUUGUUUUUUUGUUUUUCAAACAGGAAAAUGAAAUCUCAAUAUUAGCCAAACAAAACUCAGUUUAAUGUGAGGUGGCAUGAAGAAUAGCUUGGCAGCAAGCCCCAGGCCAUGUGUACACGGUUCACUAAUUAAUGCUAAAUCCUUGAUAUGCAGCUCAUUCCUCCAUCUUCAGUAAGGAAUGCAUUGACUCGCAUACAGAGCUAAAUUGGGCUGCGGGAGAAUGCUGAUGGGGAUAUAUGGCUCCUAUCAGAGCCUUGAUGUUGUGGCAUUUGGCCACCAUCGACAGAAUUACAUUCCCGGCUUAUGGCUGUGGAGCAUGUCACUGUCACUCUGUCCAUCCUUAUCUCACGUCUCACACCAAACGGGUGGCAGACGUCCUGGUCGCACUGAAGUGGCACGGGAAUGUCAGGGUCAUAAAAUGUGACCUGAACCCACCCACAUGCUCAAAUGGUCAAAUCUGCAUUCCUUAGUUAGAGUGACUGCAGAAAGCUGCAGGCUUUGUAGUUGUGAAAAUAAUUGGAUAUAAAUAAAUAGGGUUGGUUUUUUUUUAAUCUUUAUUUGUUUUUUAAGACACAUAACAAGCAUCAUCAUAUACAUGAUCACAAUGAUGUUUGAUCAGCACCAGCUCUAUUUGAUGUCUCAGGUGAAGAAUUACAGUUGGCAGAUUAAAGAGGCACACGGGCAGUUACAGAGCCCAAAGUCUGUAAUGCUUUCAGCUAAGGCGGAUGAGCUUAUGUGAUUUUCAGCACCCACUCCACAACUGGCCUCUAUGAAAGCAUUAAAGGCAGAGUGGUUUUUAUUAUCUUUAUUAAAUCACAAAUAUAAGAGAAAUAUUGGCAGUACUUCUUUUCUUGUGGCAUGGUUCCUGAUGAUGGAAAGUCUCACAAACACUCAGGAGGAUGGCAGCUGUCUUCAUGGAAUCCAGAUAAAAAUAGCUUAGUCAAAACCACCUCUCACCCCUCCCCCAACCCCACCUUCAGUCUCUGUGUUUUCCCAGCCACCCCCCCUCCCAGAGCGAGUGAUGAUUAGCAGCUCUUCAGCACAUCCUGCCUGGCUUUGCUGACAUACUCAUCAUGUCUGCAUGUGCAGCUGCACGCCCCAGUGGGUGCAUCUUUUGGGUCUUGAGGCAUUUCUAUGAACAGUGGUGAAUGCUUCUGAUUCUGGUCACUUCAGUGCCUCCCAUGCAUGUAGCAGCCAGGCUGUACAGGUCGCACUGCUGUGUGAGGCUGAGUGUUAUCCAGAGCAUUUGUGAGCACCAGCUCCUCUGAGAGAGCAUGCUACAAUUUUCCCUAAUGGGUAAUUUUGUCCGCGCAGAUAAUCCAAAUCCAAUAAUCCACCAACAGACAAGGGAGACCUCGCCCCAUGUCUCUCUUCUCUCUGCACACUGUGCUGACAUGGCGGUGCAGAGCAGAUCGAAGGCCUCCCUGUGUUUGGAAGAAUAGUACCUAAGCAUAGCCACUUGUUACAGUGUUGUGAAAAAUUUAGAAGAUUUCACAAGAUUUUUUAAAUAUUUUUACAAUCAUAUUUCAAAUUCGGUUAUCCCCGAAUGUUCCUCAAGUGCACAUACCAAUACUCGACUUUUGUGUAAAAUAUUUUUACCAGACAAAAAAGUAAAAAAGCAAAGUCUUUGGUGUAUACUUGGUUAUUUACUAUUACUAUUUAUUUCAAAUACUAUUUAAUUAUUCAUUUUAUUUGUAUGUCACUCCUCACCUGCAGCUAUGCAUUUGUCUCUUCUUUAACUGCUGUCACAGUACUGGUAGUAUUAAGUAGCAGUAUGUAAGGACAUGAUCACUCCGUAUGCCAGUAUUCAUGCUUAAAUGCUAAGCAUCGCUUUGAGCAUUAUAGCUGCACUGACACGAGCAUCAUGCAUGAUAAAUAACACCCGAGCAGCUAUACCAGUAAAUCCAUCCCAACCUCACAAUCUUUAAUUACCUACCUGACUCAGUUCCUCCUCUUUCAUUCUCUUUGCCUCUCCAUCUGACUCACAGGGAUUACGCAGUUCAGUGUCAUUACUUAUCCUGAUACUUCAAAGGAGCUUUAUUCUGAGACUGUUAAUUUCAAUCAAACUCAAUUUAGUUUUUUCCAAGUUUACACAAAGUGUCCAGAAAAAGAGGCCAGCCUCUGGAGACGAAGCCAGCACUCUACAUUUACACAUGAAACAACAUAAACAGUUGCAUGCAACGGCAAUUUCAACACUUACUUUGCAUGUGAAUGGAUUAGUGGGAAUUGGUUUAAAGUCUUAUCUAAUAGAACUGGUUGUGGAUGUCAGGUAUUAUCACAGAUGUCGGGGGGAGGGAGGGCUUUGAGCAUCACCAAAGCCGCACAGGGUUGCUGAGGUUUUUGAAGGAAAGUGGCCCCCAUAAAAAAGUAUUUCAAAGGUACUGUACAUGACUUUCAGAACUUGUUUCAGUCUCUGGGAUUGCCUCCAAAUGGUUCUGGCCAGAGACUCAGUGCUACGUUAGGUUGCGCUAAGGUUGCUCACAGAGAAGACAGUGCUGACAGAGCUAACAGUCUUAAUUGGUGUUAGCUUCUAUAGCUCACCACAGUAAACUGGCAACAUCAUACACAGUGGGUCAGGACAGCAUUAUUAGCAGGCUAAGGGCGCUUUCACAACCCAAUUUGGUAAGUCUGAAUCAGAGUGAAAUUGGUACUUUUAGUUUAUUUUGUAUUUAGUCUGGUUUGCUGUCAAAGUGCAGAAAUGUAAGAAAAAUAUAUAUUUAUUUGCAGAUGGGUGUGUAUGAAGGCAGAGUGCUGGGAAUAUACUCGCAGUAUUGUUUCUUAUUGGUUGGAAAGUUGGCGGGUGGAAAUGUUAACCCGGAAAUCAAUAAAGCAACCAAGUACCUUUGAGUCUACCGGCCGAAGUCAGCAGAAGUCCAAGUCAGUCCUCUACCAGUCCUAUUGCAUCUGUCUCUCUGUGUACAUCUCACAAAAUGCCUACACUGAUGGCCCACAAUCUGCUGCGUUGUGGUUAUUGUUAUUGCGUCGCAUAAUGUUCACAGUGCAAUCGAAACACUGGUUCGUUUGAAAGCAACUUGCAACUGUUCUUGUACCAGUUGUUUUGGUCUGCACUUGAGUACAAUUGAAGCGACCAAAUGAGCUGUAACAAGGGUUUAACCAUACCAGAGUUCGAUUGAAAGGGUAAAUGGUAAAUGGGAUGCACUUAUAUAACACUUUUAUCCAAAGCGCUUUACACUACACUCAUUCACUUAUUCACACACACAUUCAUAGCGAUAGCCAAGGCUACCAGGGCACACUGGUGCCACCUGCCACCAUUGGGAAUUAAUUCACACACCGAUGAACGCAGCAUUGGGGUUCAGUAUCUUGCUCAAGGAUACUUCGUCAUGUAGGCUGCCAUGGUCAGGGAUCGAACCACCAACCUUUCGAUCAGAAGACGACCCGCUCUACCAACUGAGCCACAGCCGCCCCAAAGGGACUACACUUUUGCUUGUGAAAGCGCCCUAAGAGUACUAACAAAGGCAACUUUGCUGACAGAGCUAACAGUGUUAAUGGGUUGGUUAGCUCCUAGCUCACCAGAGUAACCUGGCUAGUACUCCUGUACCAAUAACAUAAGUCUGUUUUCUAAGGUGAUGAAAAAACAUAUUUUCAUUUUCAGCAACCAAAAGUUGAUGUCUGAUUUGCAGCCUGUCAUCCACUUCUAAAAGUCUUAAACCCUCCUUUACGUAGUUUUCUCAUUUAUUAUUUCAUUAUCGCUAACCACUUAUCCUUAAUUGGGGGAGAGGCGGGGUACACCCUGGACAAGGUGCCAGACUACAUAUAGACAGACAACCAUUCACACUUUUAUUGAC